GUGCAUCGUGGAGCAUCUCCUGUUUUUGCAUUAGCUACUUGUUUGCUUACUGUAUGCAGGUUGGUUUCUUUCUCAGCAGCUCAGAGGGCCUCAGAGAGGAUGAGUGGGGGUGUCAGCUUGCAGAGGCCACCCAGUGCAGGACUGGUGCAACAGACUUUUGUGGCCACGCUCAUGGCUAGAUUGUUUGUAGAGAAAAUGGGACUUGCCCCAUGCCAAAGUGGGUGCCUGCAUGCAAGAACCACUCUGACUGGAAUACUCUCCUAGUGCUGAUGAGCCUUCAGCCUCAGAGCAGGUUUCCAGCACCCAACAACUCUGGGGAGCCACAUGUCACUGGGUCACAUCUCCAUCAACACACUGCUUCUGCCCUUUGGUGUUCCUUGGAUCAGUGCUGUACCCUGACUGCUGCUAUGUAGGAGCUGCAGCUCCCUUGAGUGCUGGAUCUGGGUGUCAGCUGGAAUGAAUGCGGAUGGCACAAGCUUGCUUCAAAGAGCUUGGAUGUGCAAGACCUGUGCUGCACAUCCCUAAUCCCGUGAUCCAGCCUGUACCUUCAGAAAGGACCAUCCAGUCUAAAUGCUUCACUAGGCCAGCAGUUAUUAAAUCUGCAAUCCCUCUCAGUGCAAGGGCACUGUAGUAUAGAUCUAUAACUAAGCACACUUCUAUUCUGGCUGGUUGAACAGGGUGGCAGAAGUGAAAGGCUUAGCUAAUUAUAAGCAAGAUAUUCCCAGGCUGCUGUACUUCCAUUUUGAGAGAUUACUCUUCAGUAAUAUGGUGACAGCCUGAAAGUUUAACCUUGAUCAUCAUAAAAAGGGUUUUGCCUCAAUGCCAUCUCAUUCUGGAGUGUGCCAGAGUUCAGGUAAGCAUUUCAACAAGUAAAGGAGAGGGUUUUUUUCAGUAGUAUAUUUUAAGAAGGAUAUAAAGCUUUAUGAUGGAGGGAUGCAUUAAAAGAUAAUUGAUCACAGGUCUCACAUGAUGUUUUUAUGCCUCUGAAAUAGAUGGAUGUUAUCUACAGAGACUGAUUUUUAGGGUAGGGCUGUAUUCUUCCAAACAGAGCAAAGGUCAAGAUGAUUCUGGCUGACUAUGAGCAGCUAUUGAUAACAUUGCCUUCUCUUUCAGAAAAGGUUUCCUAAAGCAGGGCUUCCUGAGCUGGUUAAUGCCUUCUCCCCUCGCCAGAGUCUCAGCUCCCCUGUUGAUUACAGUUAUCAUGUGCUUCUGCUGAAGACCCUUGUGUCUUUAUGUCCCUAUCCAGAUGACAGGAGCACUCUCCUUCUCUAUGAUUAGUUGGAAUCUUCACUUGCUAGGAUGAAAGAGGUCUAUUUCUUCCGUUAGAAUUGGGGCUUCCUUUGAUAUCCCUAUUGCAAGGAGGGCUGGCCAGCCCUUAAGGGGCACAAAUCAUGCAAGGCUUUGGAGCCUUUCCAGGAGGAGUGGUGUCUGUGACUUGGCUGGUAGAGAUUCUGAUUACUGCUGCUUGGUUGGCUGGUGGUAGACCUUGCUGUGGGGCACAGGUUCCUGCUCUGCCAAAGGUCUGAGUGUGAUAUGACCUGGAUCCAGCGCAUCUGGAAGGAUGAGAAGGGUGCAGUGUGCACAUCCACUGACCUCCUUCUCACUUAUAGUGGCUUUAGGUGGGGUACCUUUUGCAGUGCUGACAGCUGUCACUGCUCAUGUGACAACAUCCUUCAGUUUGUGCUUCUUUCUGUCUCUGAGAGGGAAAGGGGUGAAGGGAGGAGAGAUUCCCCUUCCAGCCCUUUUGGGGAGGAGUAUGUCAAUAUGGUGCUCCUCGGGGUAAGCAGCAGCCUUUCUGUCUGACCCCAGUUAUGGCCACUUCCCCUCCUUUUACAAAGGGAGUCUACUACAUGUUAUGGCUGCAAAGGGAGGGAUUUUGUAUAAUUUUGGACUUGUUAGGAAAACUUUUUCAAUAAAGAGCUUCAUGCCCAAGACUAUUUCAGGCUGCUGGCAGUGGCAGAGGAGACCUCUCAGUGAGCCAAGAAGGCACCUGGGAGUGGAGUGAGCUAUGCUGUUCCUGGGGAAGUCUGUAUUGCUGUUGCUUAUGGAUGAACAGGCCUCAAGAGAACCACAUUCUCUGUUGCCUGAGACUAUUGUUAGCGCUACUUAAGCCUAUAAAUCUUGGAAUGUUCUUCAAUAUGAGCCAUUUAGGUCUUGAGUCACUUGUCUCCGGAUAUGCUCGUCUUGCUGAUUGUGUUUCAUGACUCUUCUUCUACCCAAGGCAGCUCUUGCCAACAGCUGAGUCAGUUUGGAAAGGAGGAAGAACAAGCAUGAGGGCCUCCUCUGCUCUGAUCCUAUAGGGAAUCAAUGCUCCUGAGUUAUCAGGGUCCUGUGCGUUGCCCUACCCCUGGGAAUGGUUCACAACAGUGUUUUCCCAUGGAGUGUCACUUCCCCAUGGGAAGGUCGUAGCUCAAGUCUUCAGGACUCUUACUUCUCUGUGUGUUGGGCCUCCUGCUGCGCUCUCUCCUGUUCCCUUGCCAACACUUAUUUACAAGCGUAUAAAUUAGGAACAGAAGGAGAUGUGCUGUGGAAGAAAUUCUGAAGUAAGCAGAAACUUGGUGUCAAUAAGUAUGGCUGGCUUUUGUUGUUCCCUGGACUCUUCUGUGUGCUUUGAGUGGGAGAUGGGAUUCGAUGAUCUGAAAUCUCUUCCAAUGUGAAUUUUCCUAUGUUUUCCCACAGUUGUGGGAAAGGAAAAAAUAUAAAGGUUCUCUACUGGCUGCACACAUAUCUCACUCUUUUCUUGAGUAAUGCUUUAGAUUCUUCUGGGAAGCAAGGAUUGGGCUAUGGAAAUGCAGAGAACUGAUACUUGGACUGGAUUUAACUGUUUACAUGCUCUCCUUCAGAUUCUUGCCACAACAUUUUUAGUGCUCAAAGGUAUUUUUGAGAAGGGAGUGAUACUUAUGGUUAUCGUCCUUCCUCAUCCCAGACCCUCACUGGCAGAGCAGUGGUUAUGUGCCACAAAGUCACAGCUGCGGCUGAGUCCUGCAGAGUGUUCCACAAGGAGAGCUCUGCAGGGACAAUAUAUUUUGAGUGCGCCUUACUGUCAGCUGUUGUCUGCCCAGCUUCAGCUGUGGGGCUCUGCAGAGCCUCCUGAUCCCAGCUGGCUCUGGCCGGUGCGUCCUGCAUUGCUUUGUCUGGCAUCGCGCUUCCUCUGGGAUCCCCUCACCGCCACUUCGUCCUUGCUUUUACUGCCUACUCCUCGGAGCAUCUGAACCUGUCUUCCUCCUCCCGCCCUUCCUCUGCGUUUGUUUUCCUCUGCGUGCCGUUUUAUUGCAAUAUAAACCUCCGGCAAUUCCAAGUUGCAGUCCCAACUUUCCUGCCAGGAUUUGGGCCUUGCGGGGGACGAGGCAGCAGCCUGAUAGGGUUCGGGGUACAGCACCCUUCGGGGUGCCGGCUGCCUCCUUGCAGAGCCUCAGCGCCUCGGGGAGCGCCCACACUUCAACAGGUUUUGGAGGCUCGCUUGCUGCUCGCUGUGCACUGAGGCCAUGGCACCGCGGCUCACUGGAAUGGCAUCUCUCUCUCUUGCUGCCCUUGGACUCCUGCUGUCAGCUGUCCCUGCUGAUGCUGGGCUUUCUCAGAAGCAUGUUUCAGACGUCGUCGAUGACAGCAAAGACAACAUCACCAUUUUCACGCGCAUCCUGGACAGGCUGUUGGAUGGCUAUGACAACCGCCUAAGGCCUGGACUCGGAGACAGUGUAACUGAAGUCAAGACAGAUAUUUAUGUGACAAGUUUUGGCCCCGUCUCAGACACAGACAUGGAAUACACCAUUGAUGUCUUUUUCCGGCAAUCCUGGAGAGACGAGAGGCUGAAGUUCGAUGGUCCCAUGAAGAUCCUUCCUCUGAACAACCUGCUGGCAAGCAAGAUCUGGACUCCUGAUACCUUCUUCCACAAUGGGAAGAAAUCUGUUGCCCACAACAUGACAACACCCAACAAGCUGCUGCGCCUGGUGGAUAACGGCACGCUCCUGUACACGAUGAGGCUAACCAUUCAUGCAGAGUGCCCCAUGCACCUGGAGGACUUCCCAAUGGAUGUGCACGCUUGCCCACUGAAAUUUGGGAGCUAUGCCUACACAAAAACAGAGGUAAUCUACACCUGGACCCUGGGGAAGGAUAAAUCUGUGGAAGUAGCAAAGGGUGGAUCUCGCCUGAACCAGUAUGACCUGCUGGGCCAUGUUGUUGGGACAGAGAUGGUUCGAUCCAGCACAGGGGAGUAUGUUGUCAUGACCACGCACUUUCACCUCAAGAGGAAGAUCGGGUACUUCGUCAUCCAGACCUACCUGCCCUGCAUCAUGACUGUAAUCCUGUCCCAGGUCUCCUUCUGGUUGAACAGGGAAUCUGUGCCUGCCAGAACAGUUUUUGGUGUCACCACUGUGCUCACCAUGACCACGCUCAGCAUCAGCGCAAGAAACUCGUUACCUAAAGUGGCGUACGCGACGGCCAUGGACUGGUUCAUAGCCGUCUGUUAUGCCUUUGUGUUUUCUGCGCUGAUUGAAUUUGCCACUGUCAACUACUUCACCAAGCGCAGCUGGGCUUGGGAUGGCAAGAAGGUGUUGGAGGCCCAGGAGAUGAAGGAGGACAACAGUCAGUCUUCUCGCUGGUAUGGAGGUCCCAGCAAGAGGACAGAGGCCUUAUGGAGAACCACAGCCAUCACUGGGUGCUGAAUGCCUUUGUCUUGUAUUUCUUGGACUGUCCAUCUGCUUAUGCUGCUGUGGUCUGAGCACCAGACUCAUGGCAGAAAGGCUCCAGAGGAGGCCUGCUGGUGGUCUUCCACCUCCAUCACAUACAAUAACUGGGUCUCUAGAGAUGGGAGGAACUUUUGUCAGAGAUAAGAGGAACUUUUCUGGGGUCAUUGGCAUGCGCAAAGAAUCAAGCAGGUUCUCAAAGCAGCUGUGCCCCUUUCAGUGCAAAGUCAGGAUUCACACAGAUGUGGGCAAUUUGUGUUGAGCACAGUCAAAAAAGCAGCAAGGGCUCCAAAGGUUUUGAUUCAUCAUAAAAGUGGCACUCUCCUCAAUUUAUUUAUUGACCUGACACUGUCAAAGUAAUCAUGCUGAAACAAUAGGGUAAAAGUGUUUGCACAUAUGGUAAUUGAACAAGAAAACAAUGCAGGACCAGAAAUGUUUCAGAGGGAGCACUCCUUGUGAGAGUUUGCUGUCAGAUGAAGAAUCAGGAAGGACUCCAAAUCUAUAGGUGCUUUUUCAAGCCAACCCUGUUCCUUACCUGAUCCAAAGUCAGACAGCUCACCCUCUCCUGGUCUCUGCAGCUCAGAAGCUCCGACUGCCCCAUUCUCUCCAUCACAAUUUUAUAUGUGCUACAAAUAGUCACAUCUGACAGCACUCCUUGAAGGAGAAUUCCCUGACCAGCUGUGGACUUUCAGAGAGCUUGUGAAUAUGAUGCGUCACCAUAUUUGCUUUCAUCUUUAUUCUACUGAAUAUUUCCAAGCAGUGAAUUUGCUACAGACUUGUUGGCCCAGCUCCAGCCUUUAAUUAGCUCUUCUUGAAACAAUUGACAAGCCAGGUGGUUGAAACCACAAAAGAAAGAGGAGGCAAAAAAAAAAACUAUUGGCGUUUUUAAGCAUUGGUACGAGGAGUAAAACUGCCAGUGACAAGCCCACGCUGAGCUCUGGUCUCUGGAGAGCCUUCCCCCAGCCAAAGAAAGUGUUCUUCAUUGAUGGGAUAGCAAGGAUCCUCACUCAGUCCAGGUUUGAUUGUUUCCUUGCGUGGAUGCGAGCAAAAUCAAUAGGUGUCAGCCCUGCUCUCACCUCAAAUGCAGGCACAGCAGCAAUGCUUCUCUUCUGAUUUAAAAUAAAUCAGUGCCUUGCAAAAGCUGCUGGUUGCUGACAGGUGCUCCAGAACUUCCAGUUUCUCAGGGCUCAUCCUGUUCUUUCUUUCUCUUCUUUGUCCAUUCCAUCAAUUUAGAGGGAGAAUUCUGUGGGGAAAAGCAGGUUUUGGGGUGUAUAAUAUAAAUGGUGGGCUGAUCUUGGUGAGUCACUGAUCUCUACAUCAUAAAUGAUCAUGCUGUGGCUACAACCACAGUUGGGUUUUGAUUCUGGCUGGGAGCUACUCUGCACAUACUCUGCAGCCCUUCUCUCAUGCAAAUCAGACAGAUAUCACCAUUGAUCUCACAAAAAAUUUCUUUUAAUGCACACUUUAAUACGAUUUGACUAAUACUUCUUAGGCCCAAAUAUUUUCCAAGCUUUUCCUGUCCUCUACUACUACUUUUUCAUUGUAGAUGAUUCUGUAUUUUUGUGUGCAUAGCAGCUUCAACCAACCUAGAGGUGCCAAUUGAACUGGAAGGAGUAUCUGAAUCCAAUGCAGAAAACUUCUUUAUUAGGGAUGAAUUUUAAGAAAACAUCACCGGGAAGAAGAUAGAAAACGAUAGUAGUUGGGGAGAAGUGAAAGGCCAAAGAGAUUGGCUCCAGUAGUCAGUGAAACUCCCUAUUUCCAGCAUCCGUAAAGAAUCUUGCUAAAAGGACCCACUUCAGGACAGAGGGACUGUGUAUGAGGCCCUGCUGCACUGCAUCCAUCUCAGCCAUGGGGGUGGCUGUCGUUGGAGCCAACAAGGUCUCAGGAAGCUGAGAGAGGCAACCCUUAAUGGUGAUUUCUCCAUUGGAAACUCAUAUACGCUGUCAUCUCUCCCUCAUGUUGGAGCAUACUGGGAAGACAGUAACCUAAACCUCUUUCCACUGGCAUGUCACAGCUGUGCAUAAAGUCCAUUUUAGCUCUGUAUCUGUGCAAUGCUCUGCAGUGAUGCUUGGUGGAAAGAUGCAAUAAAAACAAUUCAAUUAGCUGCACUCAGACACGUGACAAGUAAGAAUACACUUCAAAUGGAGUGAAGCAAAGCUUUUUGUCCAACCUACCCUUUAGCAAUUCUAAGUCUGCCCCUUGACCAUGGUCGUCUGAGAAUCAUUAGUUUUUCCCCUUUGUUUCUUUUUACCCAUAGCAUCUUUGUUUCAGUUCCCUCCUUCCAAUAGAGGAAGAAUAAAAUUUCAUAGGCCUCCAUCUUCAACCAAUUUACAGACUCACAGAGUGGUUCAGACCCAUCUCUCUUUUUUUUUUUCUGCUUAGUUAUGAUAAAUAUGUUUUCGAUGGGACUUUUUCCUUUUCACUGCA